GUGUAGCGCGUUCGGCGGUGCCGCAGCUUCAGUGUCGUUUCAGCCGCGGUCUCGUACGGUUGUUCGGCCAGCAGCUGCGUUUCGCUCUGCGCAACCUUCGCCGUUCCUCUAUUAAUUGGUUGUGUCCGUCGUCUGAAACGUGACCGUUUAUACACUACGCGUUCCUCCCUUCUUUCUCUGACGAAGCAACGAAGUUUACCCAAUCCCUGAGCUCGGAUCGAUCGUCGAAGUGUUACGGUUUUGUUUUGUGGUAUAUCGUUGGUAGAAGGAGAGGUUCACGAUGACAAUGGGCUAAACCGGCGAUACGGUACCGAGCGUAUCGGGAACGUUGUAUCUGGAUUUGGGUCAAUGGAAUAACGUGUUGGUGCGACGUGUCCUUUUUCACGUAUUGGAAUACCGUGAGGUGUAACGAGUCUCCCGACUCUAGUCGGAGAAAGAGUAUUACAACGGUGUCGUCGUUGUGAUACAAGUGAUAUCGUUCGCGGGUUUUGUAAGAAUGAGCCCGGCCUCCCAGGGCGGCGUAGAGGUGGAGCGUUACAUCGGCCCUUGUCUGAUAUCGUCGACCAUCAGGCCGGGAUCGCACAAGCCAAUCGUCGGUAGGAAACAGGAACCGGUGAUCCGCGGGAAAACGCGAGGCUGCUACGGGACUGCGAGUUUCCCGAGUGGAACGGAACAAUGUCAGGUGCAAUACGGACCUGGCGGUUGGACAGGCGCCCCUUUGAUAUCCAUGACGUCCAGUCCACGCAGAUGUACGCAGAGAUCGUCUCCGUCGCUCGGUCAACAACAACAACAGCAGCAGCAGCAGCAACAACAAUCAUCGUCGCAGCAGCCACCGCAACAACAGCAGACUUGCGAUCAGCAAUCGUCGGUUCACCUACACAAGAAUCCGCUCUCUAGAUUGGCUAUUCACACGCAAGGAGCGCCGUUGAUUCUAGCCAAUCGGUUUCACAAUCGCGGCAAGACGCACAACAGCGGAAACGCUAAUGGCGUUGCUAACGCGGUCUGCAGCAGUACGGGCGCGGUUAAUAGUUACGUUGCGAACGGCCUGACUGCCGUGGCGUCGAACUGCGCGAUGAACAACACCACCACGAUCAGGUGUCCAUCGUCGCGGCCCCAGAGGCCGAUCGAACUCGCGAAGAAGCAACAGCAGCAGCAGCAAGCCAACUCGAAGUCGUCGGAUUGCUCGACGACCAAGGAAUCGGCGAGCACGGGGAACAACAUCGCGAACAUCGACUCGCUGAGUAUCGCGAGCGACGAAAGUUCAGGGUCGAACAAUUCCGAGAACAGUCUGCCGCGCAUCAUCAAGCCUCGGAAGCGUCGAAAGAAGGACAGGAAACCGCCGAACAACGCGACGACGGUGGCAUCCGCCGAGGUGGCGAAACACGAGGAGCAGCAGCAACAGUCGAGCACCUCGGGUGUUGUUAACGAACAAUCGAACGCGGCGUGUUCUUUAAAACCCACGGCCUGUUACGAGCAACAACGUUACGAAGUCGCGCCACCGCUGCCGCCGCCUCACCUUCGAAACCAUAGAAGGCCACCCAUAGCGAGGGAAAGGACAACAACGGGCAUGUCGGUGCAAGAGAUACCUGACGCGAGGCAUAGGUAUCCGCAUCGGCACGUGGAAGUGAAAGUGUUGGACGACAACAGGAACGUCGUGGUACCGGUGCAAAUGCGCGCCAUACUGCCAAAGGGUUACAGACACAACGGCCAUCACCAUCACCAUCACCAUCAUCACAACCAUCAUCAUCACGUCGGUGGCAGUAACGUUCUGCGCUACCUGCACGAGUACAACGACUCGUCGUCGACGACGACAACGACGACGACGACGACGACGACGACGACGACAGGCUGCGAGGACGGGAUCAACAACGAUGAAUUAGGACCGUGUCAGUGUCGGUACUGUGAUCCCGCGGCUCUCAUAUGGGACGUGGAUCAAAACUGUUACUCGCCCUUUUUGACCCCGUCGCCGUCCACCGAGUUUUGCCCUACCCAUUUCACGCAGAUGCCGCUAUUCUUGUCGUCCCGGCCGAGUCUCGGUUGUCAGGAGCAAAGUAUCGAGAGGCUUUUCAACGGCGACAAUCAUCCACGAGCCCAUCGGGAGAAAGACGUGGUCACCGGGACUAGUAGCAGCACCAGCUCUUCCACCGGUGUGGUGCUGAGGCGCAGCUGGAGCGAUCCCACCAGUUACUUCAGCGAGGAGAUCGGCACACCUAGCAAAGACGUCGGCGUGAUCGGUGACAGAGGACAGAUGGAGAGCGGGAAACGACGAACGCUCUGGCACGGUGACUCGAUCGGUAUUCCUCCGAGUGGUAGUAACGUCGGAGGAUCCGGCGGUGUGGACGCGAACGGUGGUGGUGGUGGUGGUGGUGGUGGUGCACAAUCGCCGAAAGAGUUGGAGGUCUCGACGGAGAUAAUCACGUCGCCGAACGGUCACCGAGACCUCGAGAUCAAAUUUUACUCGCCCUCGCCGAACGCGCCGAUGCCCGAGGAGGAGAAGUGCGUGUUCACGGAGGAGGCGGACGAGGACGAGGAAGAUUUCAACGACAUUUGGAGCUACCACGAGUCCAAGUUGCAACAGGAUUUCCGCACGUUGCUGCAAGCGGAGGAAUGAACGCGGAACCGAGCAUUCUCUUUCGAUGUGUGGUCUGCUGGUCUGACUCGUUUACGGUGGAAAGAGAGAACUGACUCGCAUCACAGUCCGUGCCCCGCGUGGGGGGGCAAGGGAAAUCAGCAGCGUGAAAAUAACGCGUCGAUUUUGAACGAGAGAAAAAGAAGAGAAAAAGAAAGCGAGAGAGAGAGAGAGAGAGAGAGAGAGGAGGGAAAGGGUGGUAGUUCUGGAGAUUCAAUUAGCUCGUCGAUAGAGGGAACAAAACCGGGGAAACGGACUUGCGUAGACGCGUGCGCGAGACCGAGGAGGAAAAACCGCACGCGUUUCGAAAAAUCUUCGCUCCGAUGUGAGACCGUAGUUGUGUAUUAUCGUACCUCCUCGCUCCUCGACCUUGUCCCCGCUGAUGACGCCCUCAACGUUGUCAACAGUCCUCGGUGAAACGAUUAACGAGUGGUAACUGACGGUAACGAGCGCAGAGCUACAUAAACGUGUCGAACGAUUCUUCUUCCUAACGGUGUA